AUGCCUUCAAAAGUAAUUAUUAUUACGGGCGCCAGUCGAGGCAUCGGACUAGCAAUUGGUAGGAAACUGACCUCGCUCGCCGUCGACGCAUUCGGCCAGCUCGACGGCUUGGUGGUGAACCACGGAGUCCUAGCUCCUAUUGCCCGAGUCGAGGACGCUAGCCUGGAGGAAUGGAAGAAGCUCUACGACAUCAACUUCUUCAGCGCACUAGGGCUACUCAAAGAAGCAAUUCCUGAACUGCGCAAGUCCAAGGGUUGUGUGGCAUGGGUAUCCUCGGGAGCAGCGGUAUCCUGCUACACGGCAUGGGGUGCGUAUGGAAGCUCCAAGGCCGCCCUCCAUUCCUUGACUGGACACCUUGCGGUGGAGGAGCCCGAUAUUACGAGCGUCAGCUUCAGCCCCGGGAGAGUCGAUACCGACAUGCAGCGUUUAAUCCGCGAGGCCGGCGAUGCGAUGAAGCCCAGAGACUUGCAAGGCUUUAAGGAUGCCUUCGAGAAGGGCGACUUGUUGAAACCAGAGGUGCCUGGGCAUACGAUAGCCCGCUUUGUGGUCAACCCGCGGCGGGAUUUUACCGGAAAGUUCUUAAAGGUGACGGGGCCAGAGCUGGCUCCCUACAGAGACGAAUAA